ACUAUCACCGGGCAGAUCUGGAUCUCACAAAACUGUUUCUUACUCGUAAAAAUAUCAUUUCAUUCCCCUUUGAAUCUGGCAUUCGGACGAUUCAUAUACAAGACCUUUGACCUUACGACCACGCUUAUCACGACUUAGAGACCCACGGGAUUCCGACAUGCGUACUAGUGCUAUCAUUUUCAGUCUCGCACUGGUAGUCGGUAGUCUUGCUAGUCCAGUCAAGCUUGACCUCGGGGAUGGUGUUGACUAUGAGGUUGGCUAUCCCCUCAUAGCUGGCCAAGCCGACAACGCGGAUGGUAUCGACAUAGUCAAGAGGGCUACUACUUCUACAAAAAUGACUUCGACCCAGAAGACCUCCUCAGUCAAGAUAAUCUCGACCGCGAAAGCAUCACCUAUCGCGACAAAGGCGGCCACUACUUCUUCAAAGAAGGUCAGCAGUACUUUGAAGACCUCGAGUACCGUGAAGUCGUCAUCGGCAGCUGCAGCAAAGGCCACUACAUAUCAGCAGCGGGUCCUCGUUUCACACAAUGUCCACCGUGCCAAUCAUUCUGCCAGCAAUCUCGUCUGGGACAACGCUCUUGCUUCGACUGCCGCCCAGAUCGCAUCGACUUGUGUCUAUGCUCACAACACAACGACAGAUGGUGGAGGUUACGGUCAAAACAUCGCUGCUGGUCUUGCUGCAGACAACAUAACAGCCGUCAUCACAGAACUUUUUUACAACGGCGAAGUCUCGUACUUCAACGGGCUCUACGGACAAGCCCAACCUGACAUGUCCGAUUUCCACAAUUGGGGUCACUUUUCUCAGAUUGUUUGGAAAGGUACUUCCAAGGUCGGCUGCGCUACUCAGUACUGUCCCAAAGGUCUUGCCAAUGUUGGACCCUACACUCCACCACACUUUACAGUGUGCAAUUAUGGUCCUCCAGGAAACUACCUUGGUGAAUUCGAUGUCAAUGUCGGCAAGUCCCUCAACCGACCUACAGUCCAUUGGAACUAUGGUUUGUAGACACGAUUACAACUAAGUUAGAAGAGAUUGAUCAUUCGUUCCACGAGAAAAGAACUUUCUGCGAGGGUGCAUGGGAAUUGUUAACAGGGCCAUUGUAUCGGGUGUUUAUCGGUGACCCGGGUGUACAUCGUAAGCAUGUCUGUAUUACACUUAAACUAUACACACUGUAUACCAGAUGUCAGUCC